CUAGUGCUUCACGUCUCGGCAAACAUGGAGGCUGAGGAGUCGGAGAAGGAGCCAGCGGAGCAGGAGACUCUGGAAGGCAGAGAUGGGGAACCAGAGGCGGCGGCGGAGGAGGAGGAACCCCAAGAAGCGACUGGUGGCGCUAAGAAGCGGGUGGUGCCGGGCAUUGUGUACCUGGGCCACAUCCCGCCCCGUUUUCGGCCUCUGCACGUGCGGAACCUUCUCAGCGCCUAUGGAGAGGUGGGGCGCGUCUUCUUCCAGCCCGAGGAGGGGUUCGUGCGGCGCAAGAAAAAGGCAGCGGCAGCCUCGGCGGCCGGAGGGAAAAAGCGGUCCAGAUACAGCAAGGACUACACCGAGGGCUGGGUGGAGUUCCGGGACAAGCGAGUAGCCAAGCGUGUGGCCGUCAGCCUGCACAACACGCCCAUGGGUGCCCGCAGGCGCAGCCCUUUCCGUUAUGACCUGUGGAACCUCAAGUACCUGCACCGUUUCACUUGGUCCCACCUCAGCGAGCAUCUCGCCUUUGAGCGCCAGGUGCGCAGGCAGCGCCUGAGAGCUGAGGUUGCCCAGGCCAAGCGUGAGACUGACUUCUAUCUUCGAAGUGUGGAGCGGGGGAAGCACUUCCUCGCUGCCGAUGGGGACUCUACCCGCCCGGAUAGCACCUGGUCCUUUGCCCAGCGUCCUACCGAGCAGGAGCUGAGGGCCCGGAAGGCAGCUCGUCCAGGGGGUCGAGAACGGGCUCGACUAGCCAAUGCUCAGGACCAGGCCCGCUCCAACAGAGGGCUCCUCGCCAGGAUCUUUGGAGCCCCACCACCCUCAGAGAGCACGGGGGGACCCUCGGCGGUCAGGGACUCUUGACGGGCAGAGUUCGCUUCACCUCCUAGCCCAGCCCAGAGUUCUGCCUACCUGAUGACUACUCAGGCCGGCAUGUUGUAUCUCAGACCAGGAGUCACCGGUGAGUGUCCAGACCUAGUUUUGGGGCCCUCUCUUUCCCUCCAACUCCAUACAAGCCGGACUGAGGCACCCAAUUCACAUUCAUAGUGUGAUUAAGACUCCUACAGAUGCCUGUUUUGUCUUGUUCUUGGCUGCCUGCCUCCUGCCCAUUGGAGUCCUCUAAAAUCCCCACUUCCUGGGCCCAGGAAAAGCCUUAUGUCAAGCCACAGUGAAAAUGGCCAGUCCAGGAGGCCACAUACCAACUACAGGUACGCGCAAUGGCAGCAGCCUUGCAUUUAGAAAAGAUUCACAGGGAUGGGGGUUAAUGGGGUGGGACUGGCUGGGGAACCAUCUUCCAAAUGUAUUUAUAAAAAAGAAAUGUGUGUGUGUGUUUAAUACAACCUUGGGGGGGGGGGCGGGUUAUGGGAUAAUUUCAAUUUCCUGUGUCCCAUUUACUCACUUUCACUCUGUUCUGGUCUCAGAAUUUAGUGAACCUGGACCCCUUCCCAUCUGCCUAAUUAAUUUUUUAGCCCAUUUUAUUAGUUAUCCAGCUCAGUGUUCACCAUCCGCUCUGUGAGCAUGUGAGAGAAUAUAACAACUCAUGGUACGUGGCAUUGAGAGCCUCACAGACCACUAGAAAAAGGCGGGUAUUUCAGGAAUAAAUGUGCAGAGGUGCUUCCGGCAUUAUGGUGGAUGAGUGGUGUGCAAGGGGUAGAGGGGUCAUGGGAGGGCUGGUGACACCAUCGGGAAGGUAAGAGAAGCCCUUAGUGUGGAGCUGUGGAGCUGAGUCCCAGUCACAGUUUUCAGAGAUGGGGUCAUUUUUACCAAGUUUUCUGAAUCGUCCCUGGAAGGUGAGCAGAAGUCUGGAAGAGCCUGGUGAGCUACAAUCUUGCACAAAGCUCCCUGGGUGAAGUGUUGGGUCGGAACCAUUUCAAAGGUAGCGGGCACUGUGACUGCCUCAGGUGCACUCUGUUGGGACUAAGACAGGCGGUCACAGACGAUAAGGGCGGCCCCAGAGGCGACAGACUCGGUGUAAACCACUGAAGACAAAGAGGUGUCACCACAGCUGAAGUCUGUGUGCAGCCUCAGAGAUUGAACCUUUGGUCAGAAUCCAGAUGUCAUGGCUGGGCAAAUACAGUGGUAGAAGAUGGAAGUUCAACUAAAUUUAACACUGUAAUGAUAAAAAAAAACCCCUUAGUAAUCCAAUAAUAAAAACGUUUCUUUAAAAGGGGCAUCCAGAAGGAUAUUAUUAUAAAUCUCAAAACUAAUUGUGAAGCAUUUAAAAUAUUCUAAUUAAAGUCAGGACUGCAUGAAGAUACUUCCUACUCAUACAUUGUCCAAGGAAUCUUGGAGAUUCAGAGACAAAGAUUAAAAAAAGUCCAGAAGAAAAGAAACUGACAUUUGCAGGUGAUAUAAUUUCAACGUAAGUGUCCAGAAAAUUGGUUUUGUUGCAGAUUUGACCACCAUACUGUACAUAAAAAUAAACAGCACUGAUGCCACAGAUAAAGAUGCCAUACACAUGAAAGGAUGCUGAGGUGGCAGUGAACACAGAGGCUCCCUGUUGACACCAGGCUGUACAGGGAUGGGUGAGUGUUCACUGCAAUCGUGUGGACAUCAGCCCAGAGUCGAAGCUAUGUAGCAGGAUGCUGUAGAAGUGUUUAAAAGUUCGCAUGAACUGGCAAUGGGUUAAUUUUAAAGAUGCAAGUUUAAGAAUUCUAUGGUGUAUAGUACCUGGUAUAUCAAGCAUAAACGUUUCCAUAUGAUUUUUACAAAUACCUAUGCAUUCAGCAAAAUAAGCCAUUCCUGGGAAUGCUAACCAGAAUGGCAGAAGGGUAAGGUGGGUAUGACGAGAGUUACAAGGAGGCAUCAGCUCUGGUGGAAAUUUAUUUUCAUUAAAAAAAGGGGGGGGUCAUAAGGUUAAGAUAUAAGCUUUAACUUAGAUAUGUGCCUAUUAUGUCAUUUUGUACCAUGUGCCAUUACAAUAUUUUACAUUGCUAAAACAAUUUUUAAAAAUGAGUUAUUGCCAGGAAUAAAAUACUUUACUUACCUGGUGCCUAAAUGAAACUUCAAGCGAUGAUUCAUCUGGUUACUGGGAAUUACCCAGUCAGUUCCUCAGUCUGUGAGGGAAGAUCCUGGUCUGACGCUAUGAACACAGUGGGACCUACUGUAGCACCAUCAGUCGGCAGAAUAAAUGAUCUUAUGACCCAACUAUAAGGCUGAUUACCAGAUUAUACUUUGUGUGUAAAACAUCCUGGA